CUAUUGAAAACAUAAACUUCCGGUUGAAGGGCACCACUGCGCCGGAGUGUGGUUGAAGGGCUCAACAUGAUAUCAAAACUACUCCGGGCGAUCAUAAUGGGCCCUCCUGGUUCAGGAAAGGGCACUAUAUCACAAAGAAUCAUGAAAGACUUUGACAUGAAGCAUUUAUCCAGUGGCGAUGUUCUGAGGAAACAAAUCUUUGAACGGACAGCUGCUGGGAUUGAAGCUGAGAAGUACAUUGCUCAAGGUCAGCUGGUUCCUGACCUCACAAUGGUGAAUCUUAUCUUCAACGAGUUAGAGAAACUAGAGAAUCACAGCUGGCUGCUGGAUGGGUUUCCACGGACAGUAGCUCAAGCUAAAGAAGUAUUAGAUCGUGGCCCUAUUGAUGCUGUUAUCAAUCUUAAUGUGCCCUUUGAAGUUAUCAUUGACCGCAUCAAGGGUCGGUGGACCCACCCUGCCAGCGGCCGUAUCUACCAUACAGAGUUCAACCCUCCAACUAAAGAGGGUAUUGAUGAUGUCACAGGAGAACCCCUGAUCCAGCGAGACGAUGACAGACCCGAGACAGUAAGGAAGAGGCUAGAGGGGUACCAACUCUCUACCCAACCAGUGCUACAUUUCUUCAAUGACAAGAAACUACUGAAGGAGUUUACAGGGAAGUAUUCUAACGAGUUAUGGCCCUUGGUUCAUGACUACCUGGCAACCAAGACGGCACCAGUACAGUACACACGCUACAAAUAAUGCCAGCUGUCUCCAUGGCAACAGCAGUGGUGUCAAUGUAACAAUAUACAGUCAACUGUUUAACAAAGUCUGAUAUUGUAAAGGGAUGGUCUCAAAAUAUGAACUGCAUUGUUGUGAAAUGCGAUAUGUGGACUAUAACAUUACGGCUAGAUAAUCAUUUACUAAUUUAUGACAUAAAUCCACAAAACAAAAAGAAUAUGGUGAAUAUGAAUUUGAGCUAAUAAAAGUACUUGUGAUGAUUUAAUAAGAAGCGAAAUGUGAACAUUGGGUUAUGGCCCAUUCUUAAGAAUGCCAGAACAGAUAUUUUGAAAUGUUUUGACAAUGGAGAUUUGAACCACCAUCCCACUGUAUUAAAGAGAUCAUGUCAUGUGGUAGAUUGCCAGAUUUUGUGAGAAGUUUUAUCCCCCAGUGAAUAUUUUACAUUGAUCUUGUGAAGACCAAGUCAUGAUGUAACUAGCAGAUUUUAUAUGUGUUUGGGACGUUGUUUUCUUCCAUUUUGACUGUACAUUGAUAUAUAUGUUUUAAUAUACCAAACAUUUUAUAAAGUAUUUUUAUCUAGGGCUGUGCUGUUCAUGUAUUAUGACUCAUUACUGGAAAGAAAUCAAGAAAUGUAAUCAAAUAUGUCACAUAGACGAACUGAUGGAAUUUAUUGACUUUGUACAAGAUAUUAGAAUCACCCAGAUGGUGGACUGUUGUGUUAUGUUAUCCUAGAAAUCAGCUGUUGAUCAGCUGGGUAACUUAUUUCAAGUUACUGGUGUUGUGUUUAUCUUACUUAUACUGUAGGUUUGAGCGAGCAUGUGUUUCUGCAAACUGUCCCACGUCUGUCUCCUAGACACUAUUUGUCAAGCUGUUUAAUCCAGGAAAUUAUGUGUAAGUUGGUCUUAUGAGAGUAUUUCAUUAUUGUAAAGUUUAUAUUGGGAUGAUUAUAGACGGCAUUUUCAGUACUGCCAUAAUAUUGGUUCUGGUAUUUGUACAAAUAUAGGGUCUGUGUCAGCUAUAGAAAGUAACAGUUUUUGUCCGCUAGUCCUUAUAAUGAUAACAUACAGAAAAACCCUUUAAAAUGGCAAAUUUCAACUAGUCCUUAUGAUGCCUUUGCUAUUGGGCAGUUUGACAAGGACUAUAGGACUAGUGCCAAUUUCUAACGCUGUGUGUGUUUUUCGACAAUUCAUCUUUGCAUCUUUAUCCCAAACAGAUAAAUAGCUCAAUAACUCAACAUCACUCUCGUUUUUCAGCUUUUUUUGUGUUUUUAAAAAAAACAAAAAGCCCAUAAUCCCUCUUCUAAUUCUGCUUUCCAACUCUGAGUUUGUAAGAUGAAAAGCUCCCGACGUCCCCAUUUCCUACGUCUUCCUUUUUUUGUCAUAAUGUUGAAAUACAGAAAUACAUCCGACUGGUAAUAAUAAUACUAAUGUGCAUAUUUAGAAUACGCCAAAUCCAUACCCUAGAGCAUGCUCAAGGUGUUACAUGUUUACCCCGGUCAAUGAAUAUGGUGCUCUCGAUUUUCAUUCUCUGCUCCCUGGGAAGUAUAGAACCCAAGCUACCUGAGAGGCGCUAGGUUAACAGUCACAUUACUUCUCAUCCUAGCACGUACCCAUUCGCUGCUCAGUGACCAUUGUCCUUUUUAAGUUAAAAUACUUCGUACAGCAUGAACAAGUUUGUGGCACAAUUUGGAAACCAUGUUAUUUGUCAUAUAGCUAGAUCAUGUUAACAGCUCAAAAUGAGAAUUGCAAAGCGUCUAUUAAUCUAUGAUACCUAUUUCAGAUUUAAUACCUAAUGAGAAAAGGUUAUGUUAUCUUGUUUUGUAGGUGUUAGUUUCCGGUUAAUCCUCUGUUCAGUUUGACAACUGUGAUUCAUCAGCAGAUCAAGGAAUUGCUGCACCCCUGGUAUAUGUACCUGUACAGUCAAGUCUCGUUAAUCCAAACACUCGUUAAUCCGACAAUCAGCUUUAUCCAACAUUAUGCUUUAAAAUCAGUCAAUUUUGAAUCAGUCAUACAGUCCGUAACAGUAGUUUAGUGUUAAACUUUAGUGCUUGCAUGAUUAGAAAACAUAUUCCGCUGACAAUGUAACACAACAAUAUGAAUAUUUUAUUUUUCCUUUUCCUACGUGUUUGUAUCGUUAUCUUUCGUGUAGUUGUCCAAUUUUCAAUCACGAACGUUUAUACUACCUAAUUUCGAUUAUCCGACAUACUCGUUAAUCCGACAUAAUCAUAUGCAACCAACAAUGGCGGAUUAACGGGACUUGACUGUAUAUGUAAGACUCCAUGUUAGGACCCAGCUUGGUUGCAAAUUGUAAUGUCUGGCAUUGCUCAAAUAUAAACGUAUUCCUUAGUUCCAUUGUUGAUGCAUUGGGAUCAACUGUGUUUACAUGUUUUCAGGUUUGUAAUGGAUGCAGAAUAUUGCAUCCUCAAUGCAUAUAAAUUGAAAAUGGAGGCAAAUAAUGUCUCACCCUCCACUGAAACUGAUCCAGCUAGAUUCUAACCUUAUGGUUGUUUUGUUUACCUGUUGUUCAUGGCAGACAUAUUGAAAUAUAAAGUGUGAUGAACACAUAAUUCGCAAAUAACGUAAUCUGCCCAGUGAUAUCAUGUUAUCAAUCAAUACUUUGAUAACAUUCAGUUGUGAUCAGUAGUCUCUUAUGUCCAGGUGAGCUACAGCUGCAAGUAUUGCUCUGUUUUCUGGAGGGGUUCAUGGGGAUGUUUGUGUGUCCCCAUGUGUCUUUCUACAGGUGAAAUCAUUCUGUUGUGAAAAGGGUGACACUGUUGUAUUUCAGUUCCAUGGAUAAGAGUGUUCGGAAUGAAGAAUAAAAAUAAAUGGGGCCUUGGCUUAACCUUACUGAAGUUAUGGAGGGUUUUUAAAUUCGAAUAUACUACUUAAAAUAAGUUAAAGAACGCCUACAAUCAGAGUGAGUGAGUGAGUUUAAAUGUUAAGUCACAUCGGCAAUAUUUUAGCACUAUCGUGACUAUCAAGGGUUAAUCAUAAUAAAUACAUUGAAGCUUAUAUAAAAAAUACUGCCAAAAAAGUAAGUAAAAUAACAGACUUGUCUCAGAAAAAGGUAUAAAACUAGUAUGGAAUCAUAAGAAGAAUAGCACUAUACAGAUCUACAAUUGAAAGGUUGUGGGUUGCAAUACCCACCAGCCAUUACAGAGUAACUGUAGUCAUAUGAAAAAAAAUUGAAUACCAAGAACCCCUCAAAUCCCCUCAGUCCUUAAUUCCCAACACUGGUUAACAAGAUUAUAUCUGAUGAGGCUUGAUAAUUGUCUCAUUUUUCUCUUCCCAUGGAAAAUAGAGAAGAAUUUACCAUACAAAGUAUACCUCAAUAUCUGUCAACAUGAUGAUUAUGGUUGUUAUUACUAUAUUAUUCCACUAUAUAGGGAUAUUAUUAUCUUGCCAUGAUGCACACAACUGAUUCUCAUCAUAUGUCAAGUGUUUAUCUGAACAGAAUGGCCUGUCUGAAUAUACCUAUCAAAGGUUUAGUAUAUUAUUAAUAUUCAAGUUGUUACAGCAAUGUCAUUGUUUCAUACUGGUGCAGUUAAUUCCUUUUGGUACGACAAUCAUGGUUGUGUUUUAAUUGUUCAAAGGUGCUCAAGUCUAUUUCUCUUGAAAACGUCAUACAGCAAUAAUCAUGCCUCAAUAUUUCUUAUUUUGCUCAGUAAAUCGACCAGUUUGUUAUGUCUCAAUUCAAAUGUUAAGUUUCAGAUUUUAGCAUGAGCUUAUUCACUGAUAGGUUGUUUUAGUGCUGUGUGUAUUCAGUCACAGGAGCUGCAUGUCAGUGUUUUUUGACAUGUUUCACAUUUUACUGGAACCUGGAACCUGAGUGUUGUUUUCAUACUUGAUUUUAGAGUUGUUUUUAUGUGGUUCCUUUAACCCAUCAGGGACCCGUGAAGACCCAGGGUAGAAAAGGUCUUGCCGUUAAAGGCGACUAUGCUUGUCAUAAGAGUCUUAAGAGGAUUGGGUGGUCAGGCUCUCUAACUUGGUUGA